AUGAUGCUGGAUGAGGAUGUUGGUGGUCGGAAAAGCUUCACUGGAGUGUUCACGGAAGCAUUGAUGAUGAUGCCGAGAGGAUGCGAGAUGAUGAUGCUGAUGUUGGCAACUGUACCAGUUUUGCUGGAGCAUUCACGGACGGAAAAGAAAGUCAAGGCGGUGCAGCUGAAGAAGAGGAUCGCCGAGGAAAAUGUAAAGUCGCUGGAACAGUUCCAGGCAGAAUACUCGACCGAUAAUGCCAAACAGAUUCCAGAGGCGGUAGAGGUUUUGGAGAAGCACAAAGAAGGGUUCUUCAACACGGUUUCCAAACUGGAAGAGCUCGACGACAGUGAAAAAGUAAUCGAAGCAUUCAUUAUGGAAAGGAUCGACAUCGAGGAACGCUCCCGCAAGCUGAAAUCUUUUCUUCGAGAGCAUCAACCGAAGGAAGAAGGUUCCCUUAACAAGACGACAGGUUUGGUAUCAUCUACGCUUGCGUUUGGUCGACCUCACGCGCCAAACCUACGCCUGCCAAAAAUUGAGCUGCCAACGUUCGAUGGAGACCAUACAAAAUGGCUUUCAUUCCGUGAUCGGUUCAUAGCCAUGAUCGACGCAUCUGCCGAGCUACCGUCUAUCGCCAAACUUGUCGCAAUACUUGCUUUCUUCGCUCAAAGGGGAUACAGCAUUACCCUUCUGAAACGACUAAACUACUUUUUCGGAAACGCACAGCACUACUUCUAUUAUUAA